UUCCCGGGAUAGGACGCUGUCUUUCCCACAUUGUACGUGCUUUGCAUACGGGUGCAUCUGGGGCAUUGCAUCAAAGGGGUCUAGCAGGCGGGCUGGGAGGCAUCAUCAUCACAACGGAGGCACUGCAUCGAUUUCCAAGGGGAGCCUUUCGGCGGUUUGCAGUACAAAAUGGUCAGCGGGAGGGAGGUAGCUCCGGCUUUUGCCAAGCCAGCUAGUUUUGUUCUAAUUGCAGCGGGCGACUUGGGAGUUGUUUCUUUCUUUUCUUACUGGGCCUUUCUUUUAUAUUCCCUUCUUCCAGCAGCACUCAUGAGAUCACGAGUACGAUGGGCGGCUUUUCUCUUUUUCUUUUAUUUUAUAUUCUUUAUGCAUUGCUCGGUACAUAUGUGCUUGGUGUAUCUUUCUAGCUCACACUCCGAGCUAGUCUUGGUCGUUUUUGUACAUUCUUCAGGACGCGGGCGGCAGCUGCUGCGGCUUCUAGGCCGGCCAAUGUGACAGGAGUGCAUCGACACUCAAGAAAACAGCGAGGGUGCUCAUAGCGAGCGCUUCUGGAUAUCCUGGAAUAUAUUGGUGCUGUUGAAC